GGAUCCCAGGAUGCACACGGCGUGCGGUCGUUUUUUCCUCUCCUAUCUGAGACUGAACCAAAAACUGUACUCCAGCUUCCCGGCGGGCAGUCGUUGCUUCGGCGGUUCCGCACCCGAGCGCGAAAACGGGCGCACUGUAGUCCUUCAGGAGGUCGCGAGGCGGGUGAAACCGUUCGGUAAAGUUGUGGUCGAGGUGCCGUGCGACGUCGAAAUCCGCCCUACCGAUUUCGACCGUUACCCGGACAUGAACGCGCUCCUCGUCCGCGUCGUCGUCGACGACGAGGACGCGGCGCCCGGCGAGGGACAUCCGCCGGGUGGACUCCUGUCGGUGGAGGUGAACGACAGGGACGUUUGGGAAGUAAGAGGCGAGGAGAGAAUACCUCCGAACGCCAAGUGCCUGAUCGAGUCGCCGGUCCGGUACGACGUGGACGUCCGAGCCGGGGGCAGCAGCAGCGUGGACGUGUCGGGCAUGGUGUCGGACUCCAUAGUGGUGAGAACCGCGUCGGGGAACAUAACCGGCGAAAAGCUCCAAGCCGGCCAGAUGAUACUUUCGUCGGACGAUGGGGGUUCGGUAACGUUGCGUCGCACCCUUCAGGGGAACAUCGAGAUCAACACCGUCGACGGCGGGACCGUGAGGGCCGACAAGUUCCUCGGUACCGAUCUCAGCGUGUCGACGGAAAACGGGGACGUCGACAUCGGCAGCAGUUACUGUACCAAGUCGCGUUUCAAAACCGCUAACGGCAAUCUGACGUUGAACAAUCUUCACAUGGAUUCGACGAUAACGAUUCCGGGUAACGGAGCGUUGAACGUUCUCUGUCUGGACGGAUCCUUGGAGGCCGAUCUGAACACCGGAGCGUCGAGGGUGCGCGUCGUCCGGCUCACCGGCGAUUCGAAGAUAUCGUCGAACGGGGACGUGGAAAUCGUGGUACCCGAACAGAACGACAUACAGUUGAACCUGAGGGGCAGCAGGCUGGACGUCGACGCUGGCAUAAACGGCAUGGAGGAGCACAACCGCAACGUUCAACGGUUCAAAACACUGAGCGGUGUUACUUCGUUGGACGUGACGACGGUCAAGAGUGUCAAGGUAAGUAGGGCGAGCUGGGCGGACACCUUGAACCUCGGUAGGUUCCUGCGAUAAGUCGUGGAUCGGGUUCCUCGCUACCGUCGAGGGGACCAAAAGGAUCGCUCUCGAGGACGAUCCGAUCCGAUGCAAAGCGCCGUUCAUUUCACAUCCCAUGGUAUUCGCUGACUACGCAAAUGCACCUUGAGAUGCGACAAUUCUCGACCGAGUUCUAAGCUCGGAUCGGUGAGUCAUGAAAUUUUGUUUUUUUCUUUUUUUUUUCUCUCUCUUUUUUGUCGAAACGAGGAUCUUAGUAAUCGAGAAUUGAGAAUAAGAAGAAGAAGAAGGAGAAAAAAUAAAAAAAUGGCGUAUUUGAAUAUCUAUUUUUAUACAUGUCUGAUGUAAAAAGUUUUGAAAACGGUUCGUGAAAAUGUUCAGAUUGUUUCUAUACAUAGAUGUUGACGUUGAUGAGGACGAUUACGACGAUGAUAAUCGUCGUUGGUGUAUCGGCAUUAUCUGAUGAAUACCGAGGUGAUUAUUAACGUCGUUCCCUUUCACUUUUAUACAAUAUAAUGUGUAGAUGUGCUUAGUUUUUAUGGAGGCGGUAGAAAAUGUUUGCGUUAUUCGCGAGGAACGUAGCGGCGCAGAGUCCGACGGACGUAAUCGCCGUAUGUUAAAAUCGAACGUAAAAACCAAAUUUAUGCAAAUGCGAGUAAAUAAAGUAUCUCGUAUGCUGCUGUGUGUGGUAUGUAACUAUUGUGUGGCCAUGUAACACUUUUUGAUCUCGUCGACCGCGACGAGCUUUGAAAUACAUGUGAAAAAUUCGAAAAACAAAGAAAACGAAACUGAACGCAAAAAAAAAACGAAAAAAAAAAAAACAAUAUUCAAGAAAAAGGUGUUAAAAAAUACACACGAAAUGUUCAAUAAAUAUAUUUCUGUUUAAA